UCAACGUUUAUUCUCAACGUUCUUUGUUGACAAAAAUCUUAUUGUGAUAAUGUCGCCGAAAAACGAAGUAAACCCACUUUCAUUUUUGUGUUUAAAAUUCGUUUCAAACGUGUUAAUCCAUUCAUUGUGCGAUGAUGAAGGUAAAAAUUAUAAACUUGUUAAGAAUUAUUUGCAAGAUACAACAUACGAAGUUAUCCAAGAUUUACUUAAAGUGAUUUUAAGCACAGAAAAUUUAGAUGCAGCAACUAGGUUUAGUUGUUUAGAAGUUUUAUUGCGCGAAGAUGUACGAAGAAUCGACACCGGCGUAUUUCCGGGUACUUAUUACGAAAAAAUUCUGCGUGUUUUAACGAAAAGUUGUGGAAAUUUACAUCAUUUAAAUUUAAAAGGCGUUUGGGUUAAAGAACAUACAAAUUUAUUGUGCGAAUUGUUAAAAAAAUUAAAAAAUUUAAGAGUAUUAAUAAUUCCUCAUAUUCCCGAUGAUAACGUUUUAAGAACAAUCGUAAAUUGUAAUAAAUUAAGUGUUGUCGAUAUUUCCGGGGAAUGUUUAUUCACCGAGGAAGGUUUACGCGAUUUAAAAAGUGAUUCAAUAAAAAUUCUUCAUAUUGGAAUGUAUGGAAAAAAAGAAAUUUGCCAAGAAAAUGAUUCAUCGGAAUUAAUCGCAACGGUUAUUAAACAAUUACCAAAUUUAAACGUUUUUAAAGUUUAUUCGUUCACCGGUGCAGCUUUACUUAAAAUUUACGAAAAUGAACCAUCAUUUAAAACAAAACUAACGUACAUUCACGAUACGGAUACAACUUUAGAAAGUUUAGAAGCCAUCAUUCAUUUAUGCCCAAAAUUAGAAAGUGCUAAUUUUAACAGUCCUUCAUCGGGGGUUUUAAACAAUUUCAAAAACUUACAUCAAUUAAAUUGUUUAAAACUAUCACGUCCUAAUUACGAUGAUUUUAAUAAAUAUUUAAUUGAAAGCGGAGAUCGGCUUCAAAUCCUAAAAUUAAAUAUGAUUAAAGAUCAACGAAUAGAUGUUAGUAAAAUUUGUUCGUACGCACCUGAUUUGCAAACAUUUGAAUGUUUUAAAUUAAAAUUAUCCUGUACAUUACCGGAUACUUAUUUUAUGAAUUUACAAACGAUUGAAAUUCUUUAUUGUGACAUCACAACUUGUGUUCUAAAAUAUCUCUUAAUGAAUACACCGUUUUUAAAAAGAAUCGUUGUGGGGGAUGUAAUAACAAUUACAGAUGGAGAUGUGUUUAGAUUGUGCGCGGAAUGUGGAUUUCAUAAUUUAGAAGAAUUAUGGUUUUCAUCUGCAAGGGGUUUAACUAUUGUUUCCGUUGAAUUACUUAUGGGGCAUUGUCAGAAUUUAAAGGUUUUAGGGCAGUUGAGUGGUUGGAAUAUUAGUGCUGAUGAUAUGGAUUAUUUAAGAGCGAUUAUUUUGUCGAGUAAUAUGGAUUUGAUAUUAUUACCCGUUGGUGUAUUCCCCUAAUUUUUAAUUAAUUAAUAAAUAAAAUAAAUUUAAUAAUCA